GUACUUGCUAGAUAAGAUCCCUAUCAUGAUUUGAGUAGGUCGACGAGAUUUUCGAUAUAGUAUUCCAGUUUCUUAAGAAUUUUCUUUCUGGGUUACUUAUUCAAACCUCACUUAUAUUUUGGAAAGUUAAAUUGAGCCUAAAUAUGUUCAUCUUACCGACCUCGGCUUCACCCCUUUAGUUUUACAAGAGACAUCGUUGGUUUGGUUUGACCUGAUGGAAUAGUGCUUCAAAAAUCAAUCAAUUGUGUGCGAGCUGUCGUUGAGGCUUUGAAAGGACAUAUCGGUGGAUCAUGGGAAGAAUGAAACCAAUUGCUCACGGCCCUUGGUCCUUGGCAGACUCGUAUGGUACGUUUGUUCAUUGCUGUUCUACGAAUUCCCAAUCAUCACAUCUAACAUGCAUCUACAGGCUUCAUAUCUACCUUUCUCAACGGAUCUGUAACUCGUAGACGUGCCUUUAUUUCGGACCCUCGCUCGGUGACACAAGCUGGUAGGCUGGCAUUCAGCACGUCACACUCGUCUUCCAGGCAUCGUAUCAAAACUCGCAGAUCAAGCAAACAAACAAGUGUAUAUCGGGAAGGACAGAGUAGAUGGUUCCACGACUACUUUACAACGCAUCUCCCUUCCUCGUCUCUUCAUCCUGAUUCCCGGUCGAGCGGCCCGCAUCAUAAAUUGCCACGGUCCGCUUCGACACCACAUACGCCCGGUUCAGGAGCUUCUCCCGCAGCUGCUCCACCAACCAUUGGUGCAUCCAGAGAACUUACAGUUGUGCGAAUACCUCUACGAAGCGCGAAACAUCAUUUUGGGGUUUCUGUCUCUCGGGGUACCAGACCGUACAACGAAGAUGCAUUUCAGGCGGGAACAAUAGAAGUGCCAGCAUUUGCAAAGCGGGCUCCUAUAAGUUUAAGUCGCUCGGAUUCCAAAACUACCACAGGUGUUGGUACAUCCGCAGAUGGUGCAAGUGGAGAUCCACAAGUGUUCUACUUUGGGGUCUUUGAUGGGCAUGGCGGAAACGAGUGUAGUGAUUUUUUGAGGGAAGAGUUGCACACGUAUAUUGAGGAGUCAACAGAAACCUUCAAAGUUCCCUCGAGUCUGGAGAAGAAGGCGAAAACCAAUGCUUAUGGUACGUCUAGUAGAGCAGGACAGGAGGAUGAAUCAGGGACACCCAUAUCUCAGCAGAUCUCUUGUAAAAUCAAAGCAAUCGAGUUGGAAAAGGCCCUUGUUUCAGAUUGGAAAUUAACAGUUGGUGGAUAUUUCCGCCGAUUCAAACCAGAAUAUUUUGACCUGCCUGAAUCUAUGGAAGGAGAGCCAAUACGAAAACCCACCUCAGUUGAAGCAGCCUUAAUGUAUGCUUUCCUAAAAGCAGAUUUUGACUUUAUAUCAGCACAGGCACGCAAACCCUCUCCGGAUGACAAUAACACCGACUCGCCCUUGAACGCGAAUGAAAUUCUAGGAGAGCCUGCGCGACAUUUCUCACCGCAUCGCAUUGGUGGCCCUACACGCUUCAUGGGAGGUUCAACGGCAUCUAUUGCUAUGAUAUCUACACCCACACCGACUCCUUUCUGGCAUCCAUCUUCUCCCUCGACACUGAUGGUCGCCCACGUUGGCGAUACUCGUAUAAUACUUUGUGAGACUGCGACCGGCUUGGCCAAACCUGUGACUACCAAUCAUCAUCCCAGUUCGCCUGUUGAAGGGGGUAGACUAAGAAGAUAUGCUGCGACGUUUGUUACUGAUUCUUUUGGGGAGGAGCGUAUGUCCGGAUUAGCAAACACGAGAGCAUUUGGUGAUAUGCGCUCUAAGCGCAUAGGCGUUUCUGCCGAGCCAGAGAUCAGACGUGUAGAGAUAUCUCCAGCUGAAUAUAGUUUCUUGGUCUUGGUGUCUGAUGGCGUUAGUGGCACAUUGUCAGACCAGGAAAUUGUGGAUGUAGUAAAGGAGGCAAAAACGCCAGAGCAAGGGGCCAAGGAUGUUGUUGGUUUUGCUACAGAAGUUACCAAGGAAGGAGAUAAUGCAACAUGCUUGAUCGUUAGGCUUGGAGGCUGGGAGAGGAGAAUUGAGGGUGGCAUGGGAAGUAUGGGGACUAAGGAGGUUAGAGACUAUAAGAAAGGCGAGGCGAUGGAUCCUAGGAGAGCUAGAACUUAGGAUUUAAGUACAUGUGGAAAUAUAGACUUUAGAGUAAGACUGAAUGGCAGUAUGUGUUUAGUAAG